UAACAUUUAAAGUACAAAUUUGGGUUGUUGUUUAUUAUUUAAAUAAAGUAAUAAUUAUUAUUAUGUUGGUUAGUGAAUUUGACCAAAUAGCAGCCGCCAUUGUUGUGAUUGGUGAAACCUUAAGCUUGGAGUUCGGAAAUACGAAAUACGAAAUACGAAAUAGGAGCGAGUGGAGGAAAGGGGCACUGUAUACUGUAUAGUACGAUAUACAUGCGAUGAAUUGGCAGUGUGUGUGACGGUGACGGUGGUGUGCUGGCUGUUGUGCCGAAGGAAGAGCAAGACGACGUAUCGGAGGUUGGAUUGGAUGUAAAUGUACGUUUUUCGUGCUCGUUAAGCAUUCUUAUUUAUAUUACGCAUGCGUAACGAAUGCCACGACUCGUUUCUUCGUUUAAAAUUUUCAAAAACAAAAGAAUCUGACGGUAACACACAUUAUUACAACAACGGUACUUUAUUAACUAGCUGUUAUCAGUUAAUUCAAUUAUUUAGUGGAUUAUUUAUUGGUUAUUACUUGUUGAUCGAGGAGACUCCAGUAUUUAAUUUGCUACCGAAUUUUGUUCUCGCUAAUAUAUUAUCCACUGUUUUUUGCUCGAGUUUUUACGUGCACCUGUCUGAUUGGUUGUGAUAAUUAUUUUAAUUAUUUAUUAUUUUCUGAUAAUGUGACUUUAAACUUUUGUUAUCACUCGGCUCAUUUCGUUGCUGUUUGUCUCUUGUAUUGUGAUAACACUACUUUGGAGCACUGAUACAUUGGAGCAUCCAGCCCCAGCAUCAAACUUAAAUCCAAAAUGGAUUUAUAUUACUGAUACUGAUAUUGGAAUUUAAAUUGGAGUUUACUGAUAUUUUAUUUAAUUUCAUUUUUCAAUAAAAUAAAAAAAAAAAAAAAAAAAAAAAAAACAAUCAACUUAUUAGUACCGAUGGAUGAAAAAGGUAUUGAAUUAAAAACAUUAACAAGGUAUAAUAAUAUUUAAAUAAUAAAUAACCGGUUGAUAGUAGUUUAGUUGAGUGGGGCUAAAUGUACGAGUUUGAAAACGGGGGACUGAUGUCAGAGACGGCUGAGGAACGUGCUAUCAGACUGUACACGGCGGCUGAGAGGAUGAAGAACGUCAGGGCCAAGGAGUCCGAGGACCAGGCGGCUCUCAGGAGGAUGCAGGAGGCCCAAAGAAUGGCCAGGCAUCGCGCUAAAAAGAAGCGCUGCCUCGACGAGAACCUCGCGAGGGAAAUUUCAAAGAUUGCUGAGCUCUCUAAGAUGCCAGACGCAGCGACAAUCGCCCAGAUGUCAGAGAUGAACAUGAACAAAAUAUCAGCGGAGCUAAAGCAGAUGAUGGAAAGGGGAAAAGUGCCUGAACACAUUGUCCAGAUGGCUCAGCUGGCCGAGUUCAGCAAGAUGACCGAGCUUAACAAGAUGUCCCAGGACAUGGCCAAGAGAUACGAAAUGGAGAAGAUGGCCGAGUACGCGAAAACUACCGAGUAUAUGAAAAUGCAGGAGAUUGCUAAGAUGUCAGAGUUGGCCAAAAUGAACGAGAUGGUCAAGUACUCCGAGAUGGCCAAGUAUUCCAAUGAUAUUUCCAAGAUGAACGAAAUCGCCAAGAUGAACGAGAUGAUGAAAAUCUCGCAGAUGGCCAAGAUAAACGAGGUCCAGCGAAUGAAUGAAAUUGCCAAGCUUAAUGAAAUGGUGAAGAUGACCGAGAUGGCCAAGUACAAUGACAUGACCAAGUACAAUGAGAUCGCCCAGAUCAACGAGAUGGCCAAGGAGUUUGUUAAGAUGAGCGAAAAGUCCAAGAUGAAUGAAAUGAUCAAGAUGGCCAACAUGCAGAACGAUAUCACCAAGAUGCCUGAGUACUCGAAGAUGGCCGAGAUGGCCAAGCUCACUGAACUGGCCAAGCUCAAUGAGAUUACCAUCACCAAGCUCAACGACCCACCGUCUCAUCAGCAGUCCCAUCAUCAGCAGCACCAUCAGCAGCAACACCACCAUCAAUCCCACCAGCAGCAUCAACAACAACAACAACAACAACAACAACAACAACAACAACAACAACAACACCAACACCAGCAGCAUCAUCAUCAGCAGCAGCAGCAGCAGCACCACCAGCCCCAGCAACCACCUCCUCCUCCGCAGAAGCAGGAAAUCUCCAGGAUCCCGGAACCUGUGAUCACUGUCCCGAACCCCAGGAACCUCCAGAAUGUCCAGUCGGCGCAGGUUCAAAGUGUACAGGCGAGUCCGUCGAGUACUAUUAAUUUUCCCUCAGUACCUGGACAAGGAAAGUACGCGCAAUUGUUGGUAAUUAUUGAGGAACUCGGUCGAGAUAUUCGCCUGUCGUACGCUGGGAGUCGCAGCGCCGCGGAGAGGCUCAAAAUGGGGAUCCAGCACGCGAGGAUCUUGGUCAGAGAGUGUUUGCUGGAGACCGAGCACAAUGCCAGGCAAUGAUGAAGUUAUGGUUGAGUUUUUUUAGAUAUAGAUGGAUAGUAUACUUUAUUUUUCCAUCCUCGGUACAAAGAGUCUCAUUUUUUGGUAGGUUGUUAUUAUAAUUAUUGAUUUGGUGAUAUUUUGGUUGAUAAAUUUCUCAUAAAAUGGGUUUUUUUGAGGCCAAGUAAAAUAAAAUUUUUUUUCGGUGAUAUUUGAAAGUCAAAAUUAGUGUUAUUUUUAAAAAAAAUAAUUAUUGUGAUUUUUUUUCUGCGAUUGAAUUUAUAUUAGUGAGACUUUUUGUAGGAUACCAGAGCUCUGAUGUAACAUGAGCAUGGUAGUAUUUUUAAAGUAAAAAUAAAGUGAAUAAUUAUUUAUAUUUAAUAAAUAAAAGGAAUGAGCUGGUUACUAAUUUAAUUAGUGAGAGAAAAAAUACGAUAAAGUGCAAAAUAUUUACCACAAAAGUCCGUUUUAUUAUUAUGAUGUAUCUGAUAAUUUAUCUGCAAUAAUUGUGAGCUUGGAUACGCUUAGGAGAAUCAAAAAUUUGAUUUUUUAUAAAUUUAUUAGGGUUAAUAAAAUUUGUGAUGUCUCAUUCUUUUUUAAUAGUUAAAAGAGGCGAAUUUUUAAAAUCAAAUGUAUAAAAUUGGGGUAAAUUUUUAAAUUAAGGGCCAAGGUUCUGUUUUUAUUUUCAAUUACUUAUUAUUGGUCUGCUCAAGAGAUGAAAAUGAAUCUUGAGUAAGAAUUUAUUAUUGUCAUUGUUAGUUAUAAGUUAUUAUAUAUUAUUAUAUUGUAAACCUAUAAUACUGACUCUAUUUUUUUUACUUUACAUUCUUAUAAAUACCUGGUGGAUUUUUAUUAUUUAUAAGUACUCUAAGCACUUUACAUCCUUUAUCUUAACAAAUAUUCUUUAUAAAUAAUUAUUAUUACAAUUCCAUAAAAUUUGUCAAGCAGGAUUUUGAAAUAAGUAUGAGCCUUUCAAAUAGAUAAUAUUGCUGAAUAAACAACCAAUUUUAUAAUAAAACUUUUUUGUAGUUAUUAAACAAAAAAAAUUACCCUUAAUUACAAAUUAAUUUUAAAAAAUCGCGGGAAUUUUGUUGUUUUUAAAACCUGCCAUCUGAGGAGAAAAAUAAAAAUACGAGAAAUAUGGAAACUAUACAUUCAAUAUAAAGCUUUCUCGUAACCUACAAAUUAACUCCAGCUCGACACAAAAGUGAUUAAAAAAAAUUAUUUACAAAUUUUAUAAACACCUAUUUA